UAUAUCAUAAAUUAUUGAAUAAUAUAUCAUAAAUAAAAUAUUAUAAAAUUUGUUUUACAUGUUAUUACUUUUUUAACAUGACUUACUAGAAAACUUGAAAUUACAUAUGGGGCUUGCAUUAUAUUUCUCCUGGACAGUGCUGUAUCGGAGGGUUUUAAGCAUGGGUAGUGGGACAUGACAUGAUCAAAUUUGUGUUUUGAAAAGAUAAUCCUGUCUGUGGUGUAGAAAAUGGAUUGGAUGGGAAUCAGAGAAGACCAGUAAGUAGGAAAAGGUGAUACUUUCACUAAGAUGGUAGCAUCAAGAUUGGAGAGAAGUAGAUGAAUUUAAAUGGUUUCAGGAGGUGAAAAUAAUAAUUCUUAGUGAACAAAUCUAUAUAGGGUGUGAGCUAGAACAAAGAUGUGUUGAGUUUAGAUGUCUCUGAGAUCUCUAAGUGGAGAUGUCCAGUAAGAAAUUGGAUAUUUGAAUCUGAAGCUCCUAGGAGAGGUCUGGAGUAAAGAAAUUAGUCAGUAGUGUAUUGGUAGCUAUUGAAGCCUUGGAUGCAGGUGAGCUUGCCCAUUGGUGGAGCUUAGGGUAAGGAAUGAAGCCCUAGUAUUGAGCCUUGAGGAAUCCAACAUUAAAAACUGGACAGAAAUGGAUGAACCUGCAAAGAAGACAGGAGGAGCAGAGAGAGAGAGGAGGCCAGGUAACCAUGUCGGCUGCAGCUGUGGAAGCAGUUAAUGCUGCCCCCCUCUCCGGGUCCAAAGAAAUGAGUUUGGAGGAACCAAAAAAGAUGACCAGAGAGGACUGGAGAAAGAAGAAAGAACUAGAAGAACAGCGAAAACUGGGUAAUGCUCCUGCAGAAGUUGAUGAAGAAGGAAAAGAUAUCAACCCUCAUAUUCCUCAGUAUAUUUCUUCAGUGCCAUGGUAUAUUGAUCCAUCAAAAAGACCUACAUUAAAGCACCAGAGACCACAACCAGAGAAACAAAAGCAGUUCAGCUCAUCUGGAGAAUGGUACAAGAGGGGUGUAAAGGAGAAUUCUAUAACUACCAAGUACCGCAAAGGAGCAUGUGAAAAUUGUGGGGCCAUGACACACAAAAAGAAGGACUGCUUUGAGAGACCUAGGCGAGUUGGAGCAAAAUUUACAGGUACUAACAUAGCUCCAGAUGAACAUGUCCAACCUCAGCUCAUGUUUGACUAUGAUGGAAAGAGGGAUAGGUGGAAUGGCUACAAUCCAGAAGAACACAUGAAAAUUGUAGAAGAAUAUGCUAAAGUUGAUCUGGCAAAACGAACACUGAAAGCACAAAAACUCCAAGAAGAAUUAGCCUCAGGAAAAUUAGUAGAACAGGCUAAUUCUCCAAAACACCAGUGGGGAGAAGAGGAACCAAAUUCUCAGACGGAAAAAGACCACAAUAGUGAAGAUGAGGAUGAAGAUAAAUAUGCAGAUGAUAUUGACAUGCCUGGACAGAAUUUUGACUCUAAGAGACGGAUUACUGUCCGGAAUCUCAGAAUUCGAGAAGAUAUUGCAAAAUAUUUGAGGAAUUUAGAUCCAAAUUCUGCUUAUUAUGACCCAAAAACUAGAGCGAUGAGAGAGAAUCCCUAUGCCAAUGCUGGAAAGAAUCCAGAUGAAGUAAGUUAUGCAGGAGAUAACUUUGUUCGAUACACAGGAGACACCAUUUCAAUGGCUCAGACUCAGUUGUUUGCUUGGGAAGCCUAUGACAAGGGCUCUGAAGUGCAUCUACAGGCAGAUCCUACAAAACUAGAAUUGCUAUAUAAGUCAUUCAAAGUGAAGAAAGAAGAUUUCAAAGAACAGCAGAAGGAAGGCAUCCUGGAAAAGUAUGGUGGCCAAGAACACCUGGAUGCCCCUCCAGCUGAAUUACUUUUAGCUCAGACAGAAGACUAUGUGGAGUACUCAAGACAUGGAACAGUGAUCAAAGGACAGGAGCGAGCUGUUGCCUGCUCUAAAUAUGAAGAGGACGUGAAGAUCAACAAUCACACGCAUAUCUGGGGAUCUUUCUGGAAAGAAGGCCGAUGGGGAUACAAAUGCUGUCACUCUUUUGUCAAGUAUUCCUAUUGUACUGGAGAAACUGGGAAGGAGAUUGCUAAUGCAGAAGGAUGUAUUGCAAAUGAUGUAUCUGGAGAAGAGUCCUUGAAGAAACCUCAAACCCUCAUGGAGAUGCAUCAGGUAAAGUUAAAAGAAGAGAAAAAGAAGAAAAAGAAGAAGAAGCAUCGAAAGAGCAGUUCAGAUAGUGAGGGUGAAGAAAAGAAAAUUGAAAAAUUGAAGAAGGCACUGAAUGCAGAGGAGGCCCGCCUUCUUCAUGUCAAAGAGAUCAUGCAGAUCGAUGAGAGGAAGCGGCCUUAUAAUAGCAUAUAUGAAACCCGGGAACCCACUGAAGAAGAAAUGGAAGCCUAUAGAAUGAAACGUCAGAGGCCAGAUGACCCCAUGGCCUCUUUCCUUGGACAGUAGUAACUAGUCACAGAAGUCCAUCCAAGAGAGACACAACUGAUACGUACUUCUUAGUUUCUUAAUGAUGCUCAUAGAUGGAAAAAUCCUUAUCUGCUCUUCUCACUGCCUGAAUUUAAUAAAACUUCCAGAAGUCUCAUGGUAAAUUUACUGCUUUCCACUGAAGAAACAAAAUAGAGAGGAAGCACAUUAUGUGGAAAUUAAGAUUUGAUUUUAUAUUAGUAAUGUGCAAAGAGACCUUGGGUCUCUACCUAUCAAAGUGUCUUCUACUCAACAAUUCUUAGGUCUCAAGCUUUACUUCCUCCAUUUUUGUGGCCCUUUAACUAGACUUACCACCAAACACAUUUUUAAGAUAGAUACGUUACUUUUUCUCAAAAUGGGGCUACAUUUUUUUAAAUUACAAGUAACUAUAAUUUCAGUUAUUUUAUAGUUAUUUGUCUUUGCCUUCUAAGGUUUUCCUGUAAGGUCUGAAGCUAAAAAAAUUAUUCUACCUUGGGCUUUUCAUCCCUGAAAGGAAAUCUGUAUAGCGUGUGAAUCACUUUUUCUCCCAUGUCAACCUGAAUAGCAUUAUUUUUUUUAAAUAUUUGUAAGUUUGAUUUUUCAUACAUUUCCUUGUACCUUACAUGCAGAACUAAAUAUGUUAGCUUUUGAAUGGAAAAACAGCUAUUUCUUCAUCCUUGAGUCAGUGUUGACCUAUCAGCACUAUGUCUUUUACCAUUCUAGACAUCAGUCUUUAGAGAUAGAAAUUCUUUGUUAUAGAGGAUAUAGUUUGUAAUACUAUUUGUUGUUUUAAUUGUGAUUAUCUUUAUGUAACCAUCAUGAAUAUUAAAUUAGAUAUAAAAGACUAUAGAAAAACUGUUGUCCUAAUCUCUAUAGCCAGCAGGUGUUGCUUUAUGUAUAAAUUUGUAAAAAGCAAAACCUGAAGUGUAAGGUUUCUUCAAAGAACUAUAAAGAUAGCUUGUAAGGAUAUUAGUUACUGAGAUUGCCAUGAUCUUCAAGCCUCUGCUAAGAGCAGAUAAUAUUGACAGUAAGAGCAGGAUCAAUAAAAAACACUCUGUUAAAAACCCCUGGCAUGAGCACAUUGACUUUUAACAACUCACUGACUUUUCUAAGCUACCGAAAACUACCGCAUUGUUGGCAUCUCAGAAAUAAUGCUGGCAGCAGAGUAACUGCAUCACCUUUUCAAGUACUAUCAAUUUAUAUGGUAUCUGUAUUCAGACUAGUUUGAAAGUAAAACAGCAAUGUAAUGUUAGUAAAGAUAUAUAUCUGAGAAUACUUUGAAUGGUGUGUAGCCUCAUUUCAAAUAUUUGGUGGAAGAGUGAGUCAUAGGACUGGCAGGGAGCCUGGGUAAGCUUCUAUGAGUUUGAAUUUGAUAAUUUCAGGAUCCUUUUAACUCAAAAAAUGUGUCACCUAACCUCUCUGGGCCUCAGUUCCCUCUUCUGUGAGGACUGAUUUACUCUAAUUUUAGAAAAUUCUAUAGUAUCCAAAAAUUAUGUCUUAUUUAUGUUCAUUUUGGAAUAAAGGUAACAUCUAGAAUAUCUCA